AUUUAUAUGAGACUGAGAGAUAGAAGACUUCACUUCAAUUAUCUUUCUCCACACUGAAAAUUGAGAAAAUCAGAAUGGUGAACAGAGGAACAAAGAGGAAGAUUGAGAUCAAGAAGAUUACAAAGAAGACUUCUCUCAUGCCAAUUUGCACUAAACGCCGUGAAGGUCUCUUUAGCAAAGCCUCUCAGCUUUGUCUUCUCUCCGGUGCACAAAUAUCCAUCUUAGCGACUCCUCCUUCUUCUGAAUCCAACGUAUCCUUCUACUCUUUCGGUCACUCUUCUGUUGAUGCCGUUGUCUCUGCUUUUCUCUCGGGACAACGUCCUGUUUCGGCUCCUGUUCCGGAGGAUAACAAAGAGAUGAGGGAGGACGUUGGUAUCUGUUUGACUCGCAAGAAUCUAGGGUUAGGGUUUUGGUGGAAUAACGAGAGCCUUAACAAAUCGGAGAAUCCCCAAGAGCUUAGUGACGCCAUCGAUUCCAUGUGGACGUUGUUGAGUAAUCUCAAGGAAUUGCGUGCAGAGGAAGCUUUAGUCAGUAAUCAAGCUUUCGUUAAUGUUCAUGAGGACCUGAAGAACAACGUGAAGAGAAUAAUUGUUUCAGAUCACGGAACUCAUGAUCAAACCCUAGAUCAUCAGCCCACUUCCGCAAUUUGUUGCAUUCCUGAUGAUUCACCUGAAAAGUUCAACGAGAUUACUCAAGAGCCAGAUCAAACCCUAAAUCUUCAGUCCAAUACUUCUACAAUUUGUUGCGUCCCUGAUGAUCUCGUUGUACUCGAUGAUGAAGAGCAAGAUCAGAUCCUCUCGAUUUGUGAAAGCUUUUGUGUUACGGACAACAACAACAAUGCCUUACCUGAAGGAAACUUGGAUUGUGAUUCAGAGAUGGAUAUUGAUAUUGAUCAACUCGUUGGUUUCGAGACUAAUUUUGAAAGCUCCCUCGAUGAUUGGUUUUCCAACAACACUCAACAGGAACUUGAGGAGACUAAUGCAAACUGGUUUGACCUCGAUCAGUUUUCCAUAUAUGUAUGAGGGAAAUUGAUCGAACUCAAGCUGGUUCUGCUUCAGUUUUGGUUUGUUUAAUGAUAAUGUUUUAAGUUCUGGUUUCAUGUUUU